AUGGAGGCAGAGCAGCGGCCGACGACGGGGGCCGACGAACGGGCGACCCCUGGGCUGGAGGCGGCGCCUUCUGCUGCCCCCGCGCCUGCGGCCGCGGCCUCGCGACCGCUCUCCGGGCCCGCGUCGGGGCCCGAGCCCAAGCGGAGGCAGCUCGGGACGCUGCUCCAGCCCACGGUCAACAAGUUCUCCCUUCGCGUGUUUGGCAGCCACAAAGCAGUGGAAAUCGAGCAGGAGAGGGUCAAGUCAGCGGGGGCCUGGAUCAUCCACCCCUACAGCGACUUCCGGUUUUACUGGGACCUGACCAUGCUCCUGCUGAUGGUGGGGAACCUCAUUGUGCUGCCUGUGGGCAUCACCUUCUUCAAGGAGGAGAACUCCCCACCUUGGAUUGUCUUCAACGUCCUCUCGGACACCUUCUUCCUGCUCGACCUGGUGCUCAACUUCCGCACGGGCAUCGUGGUUGAGGAGGGUGCUGAAAUCCUGCUGGCCCCGCGGGCCAUCCGGUCGCGCUACCUGCGCACCUGGUUCCUGGUCGACCUCAUCUCGUCCAUCCCGGUGGACUACAUCUUCCUGGUGGUGGAGCUGGAGCCGCGACUGGACGCCGAGGUCUACAAGACGGCGCGCGCCCUGCGCAUCGUUCGCUUCACCAAGAUCCUCAGCCUGCUGCGGCUGCUCCGCCUCUCCCGACUCAUCCGCUACAUCCACCAGUGGGAGGAGAUCUUUCACAUGACCUAUGACCUGGCCAGUGCCGUGGUGCGAAUCGGCAACCUCAUUGGAAUGAUGCUGCUGCUGUGCCACUGGGACGGCUGUCUGCAGUUCCUGGUCCCCAUGCUGCAGGACUUCCCUCCCGACUGCUGGGUCGCCAUCAACCACAUGGUGAACCACUCGUGGGGGCGCCAGUAUUCCCACGCCCUGUUCAAGGCCAUGAGCCACAUGCUGUGCAUCGGGUACGGGCAGCAGGCGCCUGUGGGCACGCCCGACGUCUGGCUCACCAUGCUCAGCAUGAUCGUGGGUGCCACAUGCUACGCCAUGUUCAUUGGCCACGCCACAGCGCUCAUCCAGUCCCUGGACUCUUCCCGACGUCAGUACCAGGAGAAGUACAAGCAGGUGGAGCAGUACAUGUCCUUCCACAAGCUGCCGGCCGACACCCGGCAGCGCAUCCACGAGUACUACGAGCACCGCUACCAGGGAAAGAUGUUCGACGAGGAGAGCAUCCUGGGGGAGCUGAGCGAGCCGCUUCGGGAGGAGAUCAUCAACUUCACAUGCCGGGGCCUGGUGGCCCACAUGCCGCUGUUCGCCCACGCUGACCCCAGCUUCGUCACGGCCGUGCUCACCAAGCUGCGCUUUGAGGUCUUCCAGCCGGGGGACCUCGUGGUGCGUGAGGGCUCCGUGGGCAGGAAGAUGUACUUCAUCCAGCAUGGGCUGCUCAGUGUGCUGGCGCGCGGCGCUCGGGACACCCGCCUCACUGACGGAUCCUACUUUGGGGAGAUCUGUCUGCUGACGCGCGGCCGACGCACAGCCAGCGUCCGGGCAGACACCUACUGCCGCCUCUACUCGCUCAGCGUGGACCAUUUCAACGCGGUGCUGGAGGAGUUCCCCAUGAUGCGGCGGGCCUUCGAGACCGUGGCCAUGGAUCGGCUGCGCCGCAUCGGCAAGAAGAACUCCGUGCUGCAGCGGAAGCGUUCUGAGCCCAGUCCAGGGAGCAGCGGGGGUACCAUGGAGCAGCACUUGGUGCAACACGACAGGGACAUGGCCCGGGGUGUUCGGGGCCUAGCCCCAGGCACAGGAGCCCGGCUCAGCGGGAAGCCGGUGCUGUGGGAGCCACUGGUGCACGCACCCCUGCAGGCAGCCGCAGUGACCUCCAGUGUGGCCAUCGCCCUGACUCACCAGCGGGGCCCUCUGCCCCUCUCCCCUGACUCUCCAGCCGCCCUCCUUGCUCGCUCUGCUCGACGCUCUGCAGGUUCCCCAGCCUCCCCACUAGUGCCUGUCCGAGGUGGCCCUCUGCUGGCCCGGGGUCCGUGGGCCUCUACCUCCCGCCUGCCUGUCCCACCUGCCCGAACCCUCCAUGCCAGCCUGUCCCGGGCCGGACGAUCCCAGGUGUCCUUGCUGGGUCCCCUCCCAGGAGGAGGUGGACGGCGACUAGGACUUCGGGGCCGCCCACUCUCAGCCUCCCAACCCUCUCUGCCUCAACGAGCAGCCGGGGAUGGCUCUCCUGGGCGCAAAGGCUCAGGAAGUGAACGCCUGUCCUCCUCAGGGCUCCUGGCCAAGCUUCCAGGGACAGCCCAGCCCCCCAGGCCAUCAGUGCCUGAGCCAGCUGCCCCUCGGGGCCCCCAGCUCUCUGCCAACAUGUGA